AUGGCACUGAAUCCAUUCUCAUCCAAACCUCCAACUGAUAUCUUUACUCGGCAAGAUAGCACAAUCGACCGUAGAGGAAAAUGUCGCACGGUGCCAAUGAGCGUCCUUGCGUUGGGCAUGGGUCGAACGGGAACAACAUCUCUUCGAGCAGCUUUAAAACGUCUAGGUUAUGAGGAUACCUACCAUAUGAUGAGCGCUAGUGUCGAGAACCCAUUGGAUUGUCUAUUAUGGCAACAAGCCUUCGCCGCCAAGUAUGAUGGCGUUGGAACUUUCGGUAGACGAGAGUGGGAUCAAUUGUUGGGUCAUUGCCAAGCGGUGUGUGACUGGCCCGCAAUUGCGUUCAGCGAAGAGCUUAUCGCUGCCUACCCCGAAGCCAAGGUCGUUCUCCCGUCACGCGAUGUUGACUCAUGGCAUGCCUCGGCCCUCAGCACGGUGUGGUGGCGCGUCACGGACCCCGAGCUCAAAUACGCCUCUUAUGUCGACUGGGCAGCCAGCAUGUACUACCCCAUGCUAAAAAGGUUCUUCGAUGUUUUCUUCGAUGGCGAUUUUCCAAAUCGCGGAAAAAGUAAAUAUCAGGAGCACUACGACAUGAUCCGAAAUAUUGUGCCGAAAGACAGGCUGCUGGAAUAUCAUGUCAAGGAAGGAUGGGGACCACUCUGUGAAUUUCUCGAUCGACCAAAGCCGAUGGAGAAGUUCCCAUGUGUGAACGAUACGGGAAGUUUCGUCUCACGUUGUCGUGCUCGGAACAGGAGACAGAUUGCAAACGGGCUAUUUCGAUAUCUGGUUCUUGGUUGUUGCUGUUGGGCUAUUGUUUCCAUGAUAUUCGCUUUCUUGGAGAGACGGUGAACAGUCACGAUGGAUAUGGAGGAUGGAGGCUGAAUCAUGUUGAGCUCUAGUUUAGCCGUAUACUACGCGGUAUUAGUGAAAGGUUAACAUCAAUCGAUUAACAUUGUCCCUGACGGUUUGAUAGACGACACAGUAGACUGUUGAAGUGAGGCGACAUGCAUAAAAUAU